AUGAAUAACUAUCCCGAUAUCUCCAAUAUAUGGAAAACACUAAGUGGUGAAAACAAUUGGGAAGGAUUAUUAAAGCCACUAGACAUAGAUCUUCGUAGAUUCCUAAUUCGUUACGGCGAAUUCUGCCAAACAACCUACGAUACAUUCAACAGUUCAAAAUACUCAAAAUACGCUGGUACUAGUAUUUUUUCCAAGAAAGAUUUCUUCUCAAAAAUGGGCUUAACUAAAGGAAAUCCAUACAAAUAUCGUGUUACGAAAUUCAUUUAUGCAACAUCAGGUAUAAAUGUACCAGAAGAAUUCAUAAUUAAGUCAUUGUCAAGAGAAGCAUGGUGUAAGGAGUCCAAUUUCAUUGGGUAUGUAGCUGUGGCUGAGGAUGAGUCUGUAGCAGUUUUGGGUAGGAGAGAGAUUGUUGUUGCUUGGAGAGGUAGUAUACAGUCUUUGGAGUGGCUUAAUGAUUUUCAGUUUAGUAAGGUACCUGCUCAUGAUAUUUUUGGGGACCCACAUCAUGGUGAUGAUCAGCCUCAGGUUCAUCAAGGAUGGUAUUCUAUUUAUACUUCUGAUGAUCCUAAAUCACCAUUCAAUAAGACUAGUGCAAGAAUGCAGGUUUUUGCUGAGAUUAAGAAUCUAAUGGAACAAUACAAAAAUGAAGACAUAAGCAUAACAAUAACUGGGCACAGCAUGGGAGCAACACUUGCAACAUUAAACGCAGUAGACAUAGUAGCUAACAACGUAAAUAACACUUCAAAAUCAUGCUUAGUAACUGCCAUACUAUAUGCAAGUCCUCAAGUAGGUGACUAUAACUUCAAAAAGAUGUGCUCAAAAUAUGACAAUCUUAGGAUUUUACGCAUAUGUAAUUUCCUAGAUGUUGUGUUACUCUAUCCUCUAAUUGGGUACAAACAUGUUGGACAAGAACUCACUGUAAAAACUAUCAUGUCUCCAUACUUAAAGUUCCCCGGGAAUUUUUGGUCAUGGCACAAUGUCGAAGCCUAUAUGCAUGGAAUCGCGGGUUAUCAAGGUGAUGGAGAGUUCGAAUUGGUUGUUCAUCGCGAUAUUGCAUUGAUAAAUAAGCAUUGGGAUCAUCUAAGGCCUGAGUACUUAAUCCCGCCUGGAUGGUGGAAUUUGAAGAAUAAGGGUAUGAUUCAACAUUUGGAUGGUUCUUGGCGUUUGGAGGAUCAUGAAAUAGAUGAGGACAAGUGAAAAAUUUUGGUGUUCGAAUAUACUUUCAUCUUAUUUGGAUAUUCUAUUGUGGUUGACUUUCAGAAUAAACUAUAUCUAAUUAGCCCCUCUUGUAUGAGAUCGUCUUACUGUAAGAUGAGUCUAUAAAAGAUUUAUUGUGUUAAUAAUUUUUAUUAUUGAACUAUUUAAUCCAAGUAUAAAACGUGUUUUACGAUGAGACAGUCUCAUACAAGAAUGUGUAUAUGGGCUUAUAUGCUUAUUGGCUUUUAAUUCUCAACAUUAUGGGCUUAUGGGCUUACUAAUAUCAAAAUAAUAUGUACUGAUGGGCAUAUUGGCUUCAUUUUCAACUUUAUUGGCUUUCAAAUAUCGACAUCAUACAAUAAGAAUUAUUUCAAGUUUUUAUUGAUCAUAAAACGGCCGAAAGCAUAUAAAAGUUCAGCUCAUUUGCACUAUUUGUGUUAACAAUUCCAAUACAAUGACACAAAUUAUUAGAUAAGAGAGUCUCAUGGCGAGACUAA